GCACAUUAGGCUAAUGCAUGGGAGAUGUGUAAGGGAGAGUUCUUUGUGAUCAUCAUUUAUGACUGUGAUUAGCUCUCUGGAGAGCGUGUGUGUGGAUUUGGGAGUGAAGAUCUGAGUUGGAGAAUCAGCAUGAUGCAGUGGUGGGCUCUCCUCAUCGUUGUUUACCUGUCCAUCCUCCUGGCCGCCAUGCAGCACCACAGGAGAGCUCUGUAUCCAUCUGCAUAUACGAUAAAACGUGGGGCAUACUCACUUAUUAACCCAACAUUCCAGCACUCGGAGAAGGACGCCAGUCUGCUUUUUGAGAUUCUGCUGGCCGGAAUGCAGAUCCGGGGCGAGCGGCAUCCGCUGCAGAUCCCAGAUGAGGAGCUGGCCUCCCUGAGAAGCGUGGAAAAGCUGGAAGUCAUCUGUGAGGACAUCCUGCCCAAGAAACUCUCAGACAUUCGGCGUCUGGCGGCGGAUCUCUCCCAGCGGCAGCGCCCCAUGAGCUGGCGGGACUUUGAGAGAACGGUGCUGACUUUGGUUUACACCUCCCAGACGCUGACCAACAUCACUAACAAGCACCAGAGGGAGGUGUGGACCCACGCCCUGGUCCAACUGUUCCAAGCUGUCCAAAGAGACCUCAGAGCCUCCUGAGAGACAACCAGAUGUCUUUUGUCUGUUUUUUUUGGCAACCUUUUAUCGCUCUUAUGCAUACUUUACAUACUAACUGCAGACACCCAGUGUGCUGCACAUUUAUGCUUCUUGUUGAGCUGUGAUGUUAGCUGCUGGGAUCUCAGAAAAACUCAAAUAACUCCCUAUUGACCUUUUUUUCCCCUCCUACUUCUCUGUGAUGGCACUUGAGUCAUAAACUCUAAUCAGAGUGACUGAAGUCUAUGGUAUCACUUGAGUUGUGGUUUUACACUUAUAUACCCAUAAAUGUGUGUAUUUUCAGUGAGUUUUACACUCUGAGUGGACCCAUAACCAACGUUUUAAAGAGGCCUCGAGCCCACCUCAACAUGACUUGUACUUGAACCAUUUCAGCCAAAUGCAGCGCGGUCAGCCAACUGAAAAACUCUCCUAUCCAAAACUGGCAAAAUGUGUCUAGCUGGCAAACAUGAAUUUUUGAAGGCCUUUAGGGGGCUAAUUUCAAACCAUGUCAGACACUAAAGCCAAUGACCAAUUUUCAAGUUUUUUUUUUUGUAUGAAUAAAGGAAAAGACUUUGAUGAAGCAGGAAAGACAAAUUUGAUUAAGCCUGGAAAAAUGACCAUAGAAGUGGACAAGGCUUUGAAAGUUAAAAUUUAGGUUAGGUCAAAUGAUACCUUUAGAUUAUAUAUCUAUACAUAUCUAUAUAUACAAUUAUAUUGUGUCAUAUUAGUGUC